AUGGAUCAGAUGGGAAGUGUGCUUCUGGAAAGAUAUGAACUUGGUAGAUUAUUAGGCCAAGGGACCUUUGCAAAGGUCUACCAUGCUAGGAAUCUGAUAACUGGCAUGAGUGUGGCCAUUAAGGUAAUUGAUAAAGAAAAAAUUUUGAAAGUUGGACUGGUUGAUCAGAUUAAGCGUGAAGUUUCAGUGAUGAGAUUAAUCAGACAUCCACAUGUAAUUAAGUUUUAUGAGGUUAUGGCCACUAAAACCAAAAUUUACUUUGUCAUGGAGUAUGCAAAAGGUGGUGAGCUCUUUAACAAGGUACUCAAAGGAAAGCUCAAGGUGGAUGUUGCUAGGAAAUAUUUUCAGCAACUGAUUAGUGCUGUUGACUACUGCCAUAGCAGGGAGGUGUGUCAUCGAGACUUAAAACCUGAAAAUCUACUUUUGGAUGAAAAUGACGAUUUGAUGGUUUCAGACUUUGGGUUGAGUGCCCUUACUGAAUCCAAGUGCAAAGAUGGAUUACUCCAUACUACAUGUGGUACCCCUGCCUAUGUUGCUCCAGAAGUGAUAAACAGAAAAGGUUAUGAUGGGAUGAAAGCAGAUGUAUGGUCAUGUGGGGUAAUCUUGUACGUUCUGUUGGCUGGUCAUCUUCCAUUCCAUGAUUCAAAUCUGAUGGUGAUGUACAGGAAAAUUAGUAAAGGUGAAUUCAAAUUUCCUAAAUGGUUUGAACCGGAUGUCCGCCGGUUAUUGAUCAGAAUGCUAAAUCCAAACCCAAAGACCAGGAUAUCAAUAGACAAGAUUAUGAAAAGUUCAUGGUUUAAGAUGGGGUGGAAGAAGCCUGCUACUACUGCUACCGAAAACCAAGAACUAGCUCCCCUGGAUGCCGAUGGAAUAUUUAAAGUGUGCGAGAAUGGUGGUCCAGAGCCAAAGCAUGAACUGACCAUGCCUUGUAACUUAAAUGCUUUUGAUAUUAUCUCCUUCUCAACUGGUUUUGAUUUAUCUGCUUUGUUCGAGGACACCGUUCUCAAGAAACAGAUGCGGUUCAUGUCGAAUAAGCCGGCCUCGAGUAUAAUCUCCAAGUUGGAAGAAAUUUGUAAGCAGCUUUGUUUGAAAGUAACCAAGAAAGAUGGAGGCUUGUUCAAGUUGGAAGGUUCCAAUGAAGGCAGGAAAGGUACUUUAGGUGUUGAUGCUGAGAUUUUUGAGAUUACCCCACACUUGCACAUAGUGGAAUUUAGAAAGCUCAAUGGGGAUACCAUGGAGUACCAGAAGCUUUUUAGACAGGAUAUUAGACCAGCACUUCAGGACGUUGUUUGGACCUGGCAAGGAGAAAAUCCACAGGAAGAACAGCAGCAACAUCAAGUAGUCCAGGAAGAGCACCAACCUUCUCCUACUGCUUAG